CAGUUUCGGUCGAAAGCCAAAGGCGAGCGGUUGUUGCUCCGCUUUCAAACACACUAAAGUGCGCGCACAACAGCAGCAACAUUUGCGUUAAAACUCAAGUUGAGCUUAGAGAACUGAAACGAAAAACAAAGGCAACCUAGAGCCGGCUAAGAAAACGAGUAUUAGGAAUUAAUAAACUUGAAAAACAAACAAAAACAAAGCCAUAGGCUAGAACAACACCAGUGACAGCAGCAACAUUUGCUUUUAAAAUCAACAGAGAAGUGCUAAAAGUGUGUUUUAUUUUUUUGGGUGCAAAGUGCAGGUGCAGGUGCAGCGCAGCAGAGUCGUCGGCUAAACCACACAUGACCACAAUGCCACCGGAAAUGUCCGCAACAACGGCAGCUCCCGUUGGCAGUGCACCGAGUGCCACCGCUCACCAUCCCGCUGCCGUCGGCGGCGGACUGCCGCGUCCAGCCUCCCCGGCCGUCGGCAGCAACACCGGCACAACGGCAACGGCCACGACGGCCACGCGAUCCCGCUUCAUGAUCACCGACAUUCUGGCCGGAGCAGCGGCCGCAUCGGCGGCAGCAGCAGCUGCAGCAGCGGCUCUGGCAGCCGCCUCUUCGGGGCGUGGCAGUACGCCGGACUCGGAGCGGGAACAAUCACUGGUCGCCCAGCAACAGCAGCAUCAGCAACAUCAUCAUCAUAAUCAGCAACAGCAGCAGCAACACCAACAGCAGCAGCAACAUCAGCACGCUGCCCUGCAGCAAUACAUUGUGCAGCAGCAGCAAUUGUUGCGUUUCGAGCGUGAAAGGGAGCGGGAGCGGGAACAUUAUAGGGAACGGCAUUCGCCACCUGGAAACAAUUCCUAUCCCCAUCACCAGAUGCCGCCCCAUUUGCUAGCCCACUUUCCGCCUGCCCACUAUGCUGUGCUGCAACAGCAGCAGCAACAGCAGCAGCAACAGCAGCAGCAGCAACAUCCACAUCCGCAUCACCUGCAAAUUGAGAGGGAGCGAUUGGAGGCACUGCAUCGACAUGGUCACGGGUUACCAGGUGAUCCUGGGCAACAUUUGAGCCACCUGAGCCACCUGAAUCACCACCAGCAGCAUCAUUCACAUCUGCAUCAUCCCAUACACGAUGAGCGAUCCCGAUCGCCGCUUAUGUUGCAGCAAUUGGGAAAUGUCAGCGGCAGCAACAACAACAACAACAGCAGUAGUGCUAACAACAAUAACAACAACAGUGGUAGUGCCAACAGCAACUUAAACAGCGGCAACAGCAGCAACAACAACAACAACAACAACAAUGGCAGUGGCAACGGCAACAUGUUGCUCGGCGGUGCCGGCAGCAGCAUCAGCGGCGAUCAGGCCAGCACCAUCGACGACAGCGACAGCGAUGAUUGUGGCGGCAAGGACGACGACGGCGAGGAUAGUUUGAAGAACGGCAGUUCGGCGAACGGCGACUCCUCGUCGCACUUGAGCUUGAGUCUCAGCAAAAAGCAGCGCAAGGCGCGUACCGCUUUCACGGACCACCAGCUGCAGACGCUGGAGAAGUCCUUCGAGCGGCAGAAGUACCUCAGCGUGCAGGACCGCAUGGAGCUGGCCAACAAGCUGGAGCUGAGCGACUGCCAGGUGAAGACCUGGUAUCAGAAUCGCAGAACCAAAUGGAAGCGUCAGACGGCGGUGGGUCUGGAACUGCUGGCCGAGGCGGGAAACUACGCGGCCUUCCAGCGGCUGUAUGGCGGUGCAACGCCCUAUUUGAGCGCCUGGCCGUAUGCGGCCGCCGCUGCCGCCCAAUCGCCCCACGGCGCCCCGCCCUCCGCCAUCGAUAUCUACUAUCGCCAGGCGGCGGCAGCCGCCGCCCUGCAGAAGCCCGCCCUGCCCGCCUCGUACCGUAUGUAUCCGACGAGCAUGCCGCCGGGAAUGGGGCUGCCCGGGAUGGCCGGAAUGCCCGGCAUGCCCGCUCCCCCGCCCCCCGGUGCCGCGCCCAUGCUAAGCGGCUACUAUGCCGCUGCGGCGGCGGCGGCAGCUUCCGCUGGCGCUGCACAGCAACAACAGCAGCAGCCGCCGGCGGCGUCCCGCUCGCCAGCCACCAGCCAGAGCGCCAACAGCGAGGCGGACUGCGAGCGGACCAGCAGCAGUAGUCGCCAGCGCUUGGUCACGCCCAGUCCGCCUCUCAAUCCGGGUAGUCCGCCUGCGCGGGAGCGGCUAAACGAGGAGGAGGGGGAGCGGGACAGGGAGCGGGAGCGGGACAGAGAGCGUGAGCUGGAGGAUCGGGAGCGGGAGCGGGACGAGGAGGACGACGAGGAACUGGCCCUGGAGGUCUGAGGAUCCCCGAGAGAAACGCCUCCUUCUCACAGCUGGAUCUCACAAAUUUGUCUAAAGAAAUAAUAUAGGGGUGGUGUUCAAGACCUAUGAAUUAUGGUGGACAUCUUUUGGCAAAAGUUGUAAUUCAAAUUGUUUUUAAAAUACAACAGUAUACAAUGAAAUCAAAACAUGGACAAUGGGCUUAGAUUUUCAAAAAAAUUCAGCUGUGUUAAAAAUAAACGUUUAGUUUUGUUUAUAUUUUUCUAAAAAUAAAAUCCUUUAAAAACUUCUUAAAUUAAAAAAGUAUCCAGCAAUUUUACAAAUAACAAUUCAGGAUUUUUCUGAAUUUCCUUGAAGUUAAUAAUGUGACUGUUAUUUUAACACAGCUUAAUGUUUGCUAAGAAAAGGGAAAAUCAUCUCGGAACUGCCACUGAAAUUGUAUUUAAAAGUUCUCCAUAAAAUAAAAAAGUUUGUGGUAAAAAUAAUUCACCUAAAAAUGUAAUUCAAAAUUGUAAAAAGUCAACAAAGAAAUAAGUAUAGAAUUACAAAAGAAGUAACAGUAUUAGACAAGCCCCCAUGUUCAUCUGUCUUUAAGAAUAACCCCCAGUAAUUGUGAAGAAAUAUAUAUAUAAACAUAUAUGUCAACCAUUUUUUUUCUAUAUUUAAUUAAACCUAG